AUGUCUUCGCAGGAGUCAGCGGCGGGCUGGGGCUUGCAGCGUGUGGGGGUGCUGACGGGUCACCCGGGGCCCACAGAGCCAGCGGAGCUGAGCCGCGCGGAGGACCCGCGUCCAGCAGCUGUGGCGGAGCGCAAGAAGCCGGCCACCAAGGCCAGGGUCCCCUGGGAAGAAGGCCCGGCUCAGGAGCUGCUGGUGAGGACGGUUCCCUGGCGGAGCGUGAAACAGGCCACAGAGACCAGGUCACAUGCCACAGUAAUAGCUAGAAAAGCGCAGAGCCCCCAGUUCACGCGGCCCCUGCUGGACGGAGGGCGCCGCGUGUCCUCCCGUUCUCCUCGCUGGGCUCUGGCGGGCAGUGCUUGGCGGUGUCCGAGGGGCGGUACCCGGGGGUGUCCGAGGGGCGGUGUCCGAGGGGCGGUGUCCGAGGGGCGGUGUCUGAGGGGCGCCCGGCCUUCUCCCCCCCAGCGCCUGCAGAAGCUCGUCUGCCAGCUCCAAGGAGAGCUCCGGGCGCAGGCGUCUCGGUGGUCAGCCGCUCACAGGAGACUCCAGAGUCAGAUGGACGUGCUGGCUUCACAGAACCUGGAGCUCCGGGAGGCGCUGAGAGGUUUGGGGCUGCAGCUGCUGCAAGCGUCCGAGGCGCCGCCCGCGCCCGUCCCCACGGGACAGUCCAGCCCGCGGGUUGCACACGCACCGCCGCCCGUGCUGCGGAAGCCCCGGGGCGGACAGUGGCCUGCGCCGGCCUCCCGCCUCCCGCCGGAGGAGGCCGUGGCCGCAGCUGUCCAGAAUGGUCCGGCUGCUCUGCGCGGGGUCACCAUAGUGGCCGGCGCUGAGGGAAGUGUGGCCGCGCUCCCCCCAACACCGCGGCACCUGCGGGCCCUGGCUGCACCCCAGGAGGGCAAGGCCAAACUCUCAGACACGUGCUCUCCCAUCUCAGAGGGCUCUGAAGACAGGCUUCUGGACCUGGCCCCGGUUCUAGCCGGCGAGUUCCCCGACUCGGUCCCACGUGACACAGAGCUGCAGACUCUCCCUGUAAGCCCAGGGCCUUCCUCAGAGCCCGUGGACCAGGUGACCACUGCACCAGAGAAGGAGAAGACCCAGGAAAAGCAGCACCCACGCGGCAAGGUGGAGCAGGUUUUGAGUGAUGGCCGCACCAUCAUCACGUUCCCCAACGGCACCAGGAAGGAGAUCAGUGCGGACAAGAAGACCACACUCAUCCGGUUCUUCAACGGCGACAUGAAGAAGAUCAAGCCGGACCAGAGAGUGGUUUAUUACUACGCUGAUGCUCAGACAACGCACACGACCUUCCCAAAUGGCAUGGAGAUUGUGCAGUUCCCAAACAAGCGGACCGAGAAGUUCCACCCCGACGGCUCGAAGGAGACGGUCUUCCCGGACGGCACCGUGACGCGUCUGCGCGGCGGCUGCGAGGAGACAGUCUUCCCGGACGGCACCGUGGUGUGCGUGCAAAGGAACGGUGACAGGACCAUCACAUUCAGCAACGGGCAGAAGGAGAUCCACACCGCGCACUUCAAGCGGAGGGAGUUUCCUGACGGGACCAGCAAGACCGUGUACGGCAGUGGCUGCCGGGAGAGUGAGCACGCUUCCGGAAGGCUCAAGGCCAGAGGCCAGACCGGCAGUGUCAUCCCGGACCGGAAAGCCCAGCCCCCCGCAGACAAGCACUGCUAAAGGAGCAGCUGCCCCUCAACGGUCUUGGAGACGCCCCACACUUUAGGAGCACAGGCCACCUGGAAACGGCCAACAUCCCAGGUCCUGCUUGGCGCAAGUGCUCUGAACG